GAAAAGAGCCUCGACCGAGAGCCGCAACUUUCUCAGUUGAAAUAGUAAAUUGGAGAGACGACGGGUGUCUCACCUCGAUUUCCCCUCUUUACUGUAGCUCGCCCAGAAACAAACACGGUAAGCUACACUCCCUGAGAAAGUGAGGGAUUUUCCCUUCUUCUAUUUUCCCAGAAAGCUUCUGUUUUCCCAAUCAUCCAACGCUACCUCCGUGCGCACACGUGCUUCCCAACGGUCCUGAUGUUUCCUCCGGAGUGGAGACGACUCGUGAAAAAGCAUGAGAGCGAACUUUCCUAUGAGUGAGAAAAUGGAGGACAGUAAUAUGAGAGAGAGACAGAGAGAGAGCAAAGAUGACUUCAUAAACUCUUCCCAGACAGAGAGAGAUUGGGCUAGAGAGAGCAAAGAUGACUUCAUAAACUCUUCCCAGUCAGAGAGAGAGCAAAGAUGACUUCAUUGACUCUUCCCAUCUGUGUGUCUAACUCUUCUACCCCUAAUGUCCUCCAGCUUACAGGGCAGGAAUAUCUUUCUACACUACAAACCCCCAAAAACUUGAAAGAACUUAAAACCAUUCAUGCCCAACUCAUCAAAACUAGCCUCAUAAAAAACCACCUUCUUCUGGGGAAGCUCUUAUGCUGUUGCUCCAUGUCCAAUUCAAUGGCUUAUGCCCAAAAGGUAUUUGAUGAAAUUCCCAGACCAAAUGUGUUCUUCUGCAAUGUCAUGAUCAAAGGGUACUCUGAAUCAGGAUCAAUAAGGCAGGCCAUGAAUCUCUACUCUCAAAUGAGAUUUCUCUGUCUAACCCCUGAUGCCUUUACAUUUCCAGCUGUGCUCAAGUGUUGCUCUGACAUGCUAACUCUAAAGGAAGGCAGGGGACUUCAUGGGCUUGUUGUGAAACUUUCAUAUUGUUCUGAUGUGAUCGUGCAAACGGCGCUCAUUGAUAUGUAUUCUGGUUUUGGGUGCUUGACCGAUGCCCGUGACGUUUUUGAUAGAGUUUUAGAAAGAGAUUGUGUUUGCUGGAAUACCAUGAUUACGGUUUAUAGCAGAUGGGGCGAUUCCAUUAAUGCCCAAAAGCUCUUUGAUCGAAUGCCUGAUAAGAAUACUUCGUCUUGGAAUACCUUAAUGGACAUGUAUUGUAAGGCUGGGGAUAUGAGCACUGCAUAUAGGCUUUUUGAACAGAUGCCUAAGAAGGAUAUUAUCUCUUGGAAUGCGAUCAUAUCGGGAUACACUAGGCUCGGCGACUCCGAAAAUGCGAGAAAAUUGUUUAAUGAGAUGCCCAAGAGAAAUGUGGUAUCAUGGAAUGUGAUGAUCACAUGCUAUGUGCAUAAUCGACGAUUUGCUGGGGCCUUGCAAUUAUUUAGAGAGAUGCAAUUCUCAGAUGUCAAGCCCAAUGAGGUGACAAUGGUGUCGGCCCUUCCUGCUUGUGGUCACCUGGGUGCUCUCGAUUUAGGCCAAUGGAUCCACAUGUAUAUCGACAAGAACAGGAUCAAGAUGGACGUGUAUGUGAGCACCGCUCUCAUAGAUAUGUAUGGCAAGUGUGGGAGCUUAGAUGAUGCAUGGCAUGUUUUCGAUAGCAUGGCAAACAAAGAUGCAUUCUCGUGUAGCACCAUGAUAGAGAUCAUGGCCAUGCAUGGUAAAGCCAAUGAGGCCAUGGCCAUAUUCUCAUACAUGAAGGAGUCCGGCAUGAAGCCAAAUGAUGUCACAUUUGUGGGGCUAUUGAGUGCAUGUAGUCAUGCUGGUUUAGUAGACGAAGGGCGCCAGUUUUUUGAGAUGAUGAGUCGAGAUUAUGGUUUGGUACCUAAGAUUGAGCACUAUGGCUGCGUGGUGGACUUGCUAGGUCGAGCAGGCUUGCUCGAUGAGGCGUAUAGGCUCAUUGAAACUAUGCCGAUUGAGCCUCACUCUGUUAUAUGGGGUGCUUUGCUUAGUGCAUGUAGGAUACACGGUAAUGUUGAGCUUGCGGAGAUCGCAGUUUCUCGUUUACUCGAGCUAGAGCCAAAUGCAUGUGGAAACUAUGUGCUUCUUUCUAAUAUUUAUUCGAAGGCGAAUAGGUGGGAAGAUGCAGCUAGAGUGAGAAAGAUGAUGAAAGAGAAGGGUGUUCUGAAGAAGCCUGGUUGCAGUUCGAUAGAGGUAAACAAUGAGGUCUAUGAAUUUAUAGCAGGUGAUUAUAUGCACCCUCGGUGUGGGGAAAUCUACCAAAUGCUAGACCAAGUGGAGAGAAGGUUGAGAGACCAAGGAUAUGUGCCCGACACUUCUUCCGCGUUGCAUGAUGUAGAUAUUGAAAGGAAGGAGCAAGCAUUGGGCUAUCACAGUGAGAAGCUAGCUGUUGCUUUUGGGCUAAUUAGCAAGGAACAAGGGGCUCCUAUACGAAUCACAAAGAAUCUUCGGGUAUGUAGUGAUUGCCAUGCAUUCUUGAAGAUGGUAUCUCAGUUCUAUGGGAGAGAGAUCAUAGUAAGGGACUGCAACAGGUUUCACCAUUUCAAUGAUGGAUUGUGUUCUUGCUCAGAGUACUGGUGAUCCACACAGUUGUUUUUUCUUUCCAUACAGUAAGAGAAGUGAGACAAAUUUUGUACUAUCUCAAUUUUAUUUAUUCAUAAUUAAUAUCCCAUUAUUCAUAA